GCGUUGGCAAAACAUGUAAAUAACUUUCGAAAGCUAAAUAUCCAAUUCAAAAUAACUAGGACUCCAAUUGGAAAGAGGCUUCAGCAUGGAGGAAGAGACAGUGAUUUUAUUACUCCUGGUGGUCGUAAUGCUGGUUGGUUCUUACAUAGCCGGCAGUAUUCCUCUAGUGAUGAAGCUAAGUGAGGAGAAAUUAAAAAUUAUUACAGUGUUGGGCGCUGGCUUGUUGGUAGGUACUGCUUUAACCGUCAUUAUACCGGAAGGCAUACGCUCAUUGUAUAUGGACAGUGAUCGAAGCUCAGUGGUGGCAGCAGCACCUAAAUCCUCGACUGGAGCAGAUGCAGAGGCUGUCGUGGUGGUUCCAACGACGCCAGAUUAUUCCCGUACCAUUGGACUCUCUCUCGUGUUGGGGUUCGUCUUCAUGAUGCUGGUAGAUCAGGUUUCGCAACACAAAAGCAGCAAUGGCAGCAAUGGUAGUGACAAGAACAUAACCGCCACUCUUGGACUGGUGGUUCAUGCAGCAGCGGAUGGUGUUGCUUUGGGCGCUGCUGCAACAACUAGCCACCAGGACGUUGAGAUAAUUGUUUUUUUGGCCAUUAUGCUUCAUAAAGCACCAGCAGCAUUUGGACUCGUUAGUUUUCUUCUGCACGAAAAGAUCGAGAGGCAACAAAUACGAAGGCAUUUAGGCGUAUUUUCAUUAUCCGCACCCCUGUUAACAAUUCUCACAUAUUUUGGCAUUGGUCAAGAGCAAAAGGAGACACUGAAUUCUGUAAAUGCCACGGGCAUCGCAAUGCUAUUCUCGGCAGGCACAUUUCUGUAUGUUGCCACAGUACAUGUACUCGCUGAACUGACACAAGGAGGCCACGGACAUCAUCAGCAAAAAACCACCACUCACGGACAAUAUGAGUAUCGUGUCCUAGAGGAAUCUCGUGAUGGAACCACUAAUGAGACGAACGGCAGCAGUUUGUCUCAGUCGCACAAUACACAAGGUCUGCGAUAUAGCGAGCUUGUGAUCUUGAUAUGUGGUGCGCUAUUGCCGCUUGUAAUUACGUUUGGACAUCAACAUUAGCAUUGAUACCUUGUCCAGUAUGCAGAAGAAUCAAAUAGAUAUCUCUCGCUAUCAUUCCUUCUUCACAUACUCCUUAGAUUGUAAAUAAGAUACCUUAAUAAUGUGGCUUUCCUGCAAUAUAUACAUACAAAAACAUAUGCAUAUGUACAUAAUAUAUGUAUAUACGAUAUAUUAUAUAUACACACAUAUACAUUAUACAAUUAGUUGUAGCUCAAAAAGGCUGUUGAUGGGCGUUAAUGGUCAUACCCAGUUACCCAUGUUCAUGUGUGUGUCUGAAUGUUUUGUGAAAGUUAAAUUCAAAUAAACAAUAAAUAACGCACGAAUGCAAA